UUUUGUAUCUAAAACAGAUAAUGAGAGUGGUAGACUGGUCUACUUUUAUUCAGGCAUUGAUUUCGCAAUACCAGACACCUGGGGUCAGGACCUUUUUCACAGACGAAAAAGUGGGGAGGGCAGCUGUAGAUUUCUGCAAGUCUUCAAAACCUCUGUCUUUUAGUUUCUGGCAGGAAUCUGUGAGGUUUGGCAAUGAAGAGGAUCGUAAGCAAAGGAGACGCACCUUACUACUAUUUGAAAGUGUUAUUGGAGUUUGAAGACAAGACAAUGGCUGUUGAUGUCUUAACGUUUAGAACUGUCAUAAUGAAGGCCAUGAUGUCCAUGUACGGAGAGGUUGGCGCUGCUGUUCAAAUUGAUAUCCUGAAGUAUGAGGAUAAGACCAUCUCAGCCAUUUUAAGGGUAGCAGGCAGUAAUAUGGUGAAGCUGUGGGGUGCCCUGACAAUGCUGAGUUACUAUGAUGAGAAACCAUGUGCCUUCAGGGUUCACCAGGUUUCUCCUUUUCUUAUGGCUUUUGCAGCAUCUAGCAGACAACUACUCUUACACACCGAGUGAUGAAGUACAUUAACAAAGUCUUUCUGGACAAAGAGUUACAAAGAGUUUAUUUUUGUACAUGUAUUGAUAUAAUAAAAUGUAUGUUACAGCACU